UAAUAAGAAGAGGCGGUGUGACCGACAGCAGCCGCUUCAAUACCUCAGUUAACUACACCUGUUCUGUUUUCUGUUUGUUUAAAUUGGCGUCUGAAUGUAAUUAUAUUAAUAAACCAUCUUGAUUUUGGUGAACUUGAACGUUGAAGGAAAUGAAAAAGGUGAAAAAACGCCAGCAGCAGCUGAACGGGGCCAGAAGCGUUAAUGGAAGUAGCCAGAGACACGAAGAACAUGUUUCCUGGAAGAAGCAGAAGCUAGUAGAUAUUCACCAGGCCCUGAACAGCGACCCAGUGGAUAUUGAGACCUUGCGGCAGGCAGCUGUCAGUGAGGGUGGCUUGUUGACAGAUGAUGUGCGAAGGAAAGUUUGGCCCAAGCUGCUCAGUGUCAAUGUGUUUAAUCUACCGUCCAAACCUGCUAAAAAUGUCAGGGAGAACCACAAAGACUAUAACCAGGUGCUUCUUGAUGUCAGGCGUUCCAUGCGGCGUUUUCCAAGAGGGAUGCGUGCUGAUGAAAGGGAGGUGCUGCAGGAGCAGCUGAUUGACAUCAUUCUGGAUGUUUUGAGGAGAAACCCUCAGCUGCACUACUACCAAGGAUACCACGAUAUAGUAGUGACCUUUCUGUUGGUAGUAGGAGAACGGAUGGCCAUAGCAGUGGUUGAGACAUUAUCUAAUCAUCACCUCAGGGACUUUAUGGACCCCACUAUGGACAGUACCAAACACAUCCUCAACUACUUGAUGCCUAUUCUGGAGCAGGUUGAUCCUGAGCUACAUGACUUCAUGCUGAGGGCUGAGGUUGGCACCAUCUUCGCCCUCAGUUGGCUGAUCACAUGGUACGGCCACGUUCUGUCUGACUUCCGGCAUGUCUUGCGGCUCUACGAUUUCUUCCUGGCCUCCCACCCACUCAUGCCCAUUUACUUCGCUGCUGUGAUCGUGCUGUAUCGGGAGAGGGAGGUGAAGAGCAGUGAAUGUGACAUGGCCAGUGUUCACCACCUACUGUCUCAGAUUCCUCAGGACUUGCCGUAUGAGCAUCUGAUUACCCAGGCCCAGAGCCUUUUCACACGCUACCCGCCCACGCUGCUCACCCGCUCGGCCGCCCUGCAGUCCCGCAAGAGCAUCACAAUCAGCUCCUUCCAGGACUUCCAGACGUCCACUCUGCAGCAGCGCCCAGACUCCGUCCUUCGCCAGCAGCUCCACCAGCGCCAUGACACCAACCUUGAUCUGGCCCAUGCCAAUGCCCGCAGCGGCGGUGCCCACCAGCUCAUUAAAAUGGCCGUUUGGGGUCUCUCAGCCACGCUGGGGGCAGCUGCCCUGGCAGUGGCCCAGACUGCCAUGGACUGGGCACCUGAGUUCCUCUUACAACUCUUCUGACCCGGAGGCUUUGUCUCUUUGUCUCUUUUGCUUGUGUCUCAUGUGCCAGUCUGGGAGCGAUGCAAUAGAGACCAAAGUCAUUUGUUAAGUGCCAGAAACUCCUUGAAGAGCGAAUAAGAUGUGAGGUGGGGGCGACAUGGUUUAUUUAUCCUCUUGUAUUUAUAGAUUUUACCCAAGCUAAUAUUGGGAGUAUGAAAGGUGGUAGAUGGGUUUUUGUAAUGAUAAGCAUUUCUGAAUGCCGUUCCAUCAGCAGAAUGUCAGGGAAAAAGUGCGCCGGUAGCGGAUUCGGAACAGCAGCAGACGCACAAAUUAUUAAACGGCUUUUUUUCCCCCUCCCCUGCUGAAGACCUUCGCUGCGGAGUGAAGGAAACAGCUCAUUCAGAUGAGAAGAGACGAGUGCAAGCAGGUGGGUUUCUUUGGUCUGUGGAGAAUAGAGAAGUCAGCCUGCAGUGAACGCAGCACUUUAAAGUCAUAGAGUUUACAGCCGAGAAAGGACACGCAUUAACCGGAAACCUUUUACGCAUCCAUGCUCAGACACACGUCCAUCUGCUCCAUUUAAACCAGAGUCAUAAGUUAAAGGAAUACUUUCCUCUAAUAGUGAUUUAUUACAUCUACGCUAUAUGGUUUAUUAUUGCAGGCAGUUUUGUAGUGUUUUCCGGUACACCAAUGGUUUGCUUCUCAAUCCUUGUUAUAGUUUGCCCUACAUGCUGAAAUGGUCUCGCUGCUCAUACCCAGUUCUCCUGUGGAAGGGCUUCAUUGCAGCUGGAGAGUCUGGAACAGGAGAAGCACCACUCCAGGGCUAGGAUUGAGAAACGUUGUACAGAAAACCCAUUUACCCAGAACACACGCCGAGGCCAGUAGAAAGAUGCAUCAGUAAACAUUUAUAGAAAUUUUAGUAAUUCAGUUUUUCAUGGUGAGAUCAUUUCUUAACAGUGUAGAUGGCGCUCCCACACGCUUAUCACUACAGGUACCAAAAAACCAUGGGCUAGUUUUACACAGUGAAACAUUUAAUCCAACUUCAGGUACUUGAAACCUACAUGACAUUGAAUUGUGCUUGAGUUGUGUAAUGUAUGGCAUAAAAAAAUUAACUUUAUGAAACACGUUUCCUGAAAAAAAGACAAAGCAAUAAUGCAUUGUGAUCAUAUCAAAUUCUAUCAUUUAAGUAUGAUCCUUUUCACUAGGUCAGUGGACAAUUAAAACAGGUUGGUUUAUUGAAUGGUUGAAAACGAGAUCUUCCUGGUCUGCUUCAUGUGAGGUCAGUGGUUUUUCAUUUUGUCAGUUACCUGUGUCAGCAAAGAGAUCUCAAAGCUAUAGCUUCUGGAACCACUUGGUUUAACUAGCCAGCCCCUAUUUACUCUUGUUUGUUAGUCUGCGGUUGUUGUGAUCUUAGGAGUUAGAUUAUUAAUCUUCUCAUCUUUUGAUGCCCUCUAAAAUCACGCAGUGCCGAUUCCUUUGAAAUCCAAAGGAUGGAAAUUAUUACAGAAUGGGAAACUGAGAUAUGCACCUUAAUAAUUGAUGGCAGUGACACCUUGAAAAAAUAAGACACAAUAAAAAUGUUGUACCUAU